GGCGUCCGCUCUGCUCCUGCGUGCGGCCUGGGCCAUGGCGCUGCAGCUGAGCCGGGAUCAGGGCAUCACCCUAAGGGGCAGCGCAGAGAUCGUCGCCGAGUUCUUCUCAUAUGGCAUAAACAGUAUUUUAUAUCAACGUGGAAUAUAUCCAUCUGAAACCUUCACACGGGUGCAGAAAUAUGGACUCACCCUGCUUGUUACUACAGACCCUGACCUUAUAAAUUACUUGAACAAUGUGGUGGAACAAUUAAAAGAUUGGCUCUACAAGUGUUCGGUUCAGAAACUGGUGGUAGUGAUCUCUAAUAUCGAAAGCGGUGAGGUCCUGGAAAGAUGGCAGUUUGACAUUGAAUGUGACAAGUCUGCAAAAGAUGACAGUGCACCAAGAGAGAAAUCACAUAAAGCCAUCCAAGAUGAAAUUCGGUCAGUGAUCAGGCAAAUCACAGCAACUGUAACAUUCCUGCCCUUGCUGGAAGCUUCCUGUGCAUUUGAUCUACUGAUUUACACAGACAAAGACCUGGUAGUUCCAGAGAAGUGGGAAGAGUCAGGACCACAGUUUAUUGCCAAUUCGGAAGAAGUCCGUCUUCGAUCAUUUACCACCACAAUCCACAAAGUGAAUAGCAUGGUGGCCUACAAAAUUCCUGUCAGUGACUGAGGAAAACAAUCCUAUUUCUUUGAAUCCAGCUUUUUUUUUUUUUUUGUCAGCUGUGUAAUAUCGGUUCAGACUUAGAAAGUGGAUAAUGAAAAUGCUGGUUUUCUUUCUGUGCAUAAUUCUGUGCUAGUGCAUCUGUACUUCCCCUGUUUCAGGCUUAACAAUAUUAGAGGAUAAAUCUAGUUCAUUAACUCAGGCAUACUGUAACGCACCUUAGUGAUGGGCAAAAAGCUCUAAGAAAGACCUCAACAGCAUAAUAGUGUUUCAGUUUUUGAAAGUGGGCAGUGGAUCAAAAAAGCUUUUGUAUUAAUUCAGUUGUCCUAAACCAGACAUUAUGUCCAUACAAGUUUGAAUUAGUAACAGAGGAAAUGUUUGAAUGAGCACUUUUCCCAGUGGCUUAAACCUUGGUGAUGCUUUGAUCCUUUUUGGGAAGUACCUAAAAUAUAGUGGUUUGUAAUAGCACUGUAACAAUCUUUGAAUUAUGCAACCUGUUGCUAUCUUGGGAAAAUGUCCAGUGAUUUUUUUUUUAAAUGUUACUUAAUACAAAUGAUAUCUAUAAGCUAUGCUUUUAAAGCCCUAAGUAGAAGAAAUAUUUUUAAUAUUCAGUGCUCUGAGACUCAAAUUUUUGUUCAUGUGUGUUAAAUGUCAUUUUUUAUGUUGAUAGAAUUAUGUCUUGACUAGAUGGUAAAAUAAAGUUAA